UCUCUAUCGUCUUGUUUAACAACAUUGCAUCACUUAAGCUAGCGGGACCGGAGGGAGUGGUGUCGUUCGCCAGCACGCGUCAACCAUUCAACAAGGCAACGAAACAAGCACUUAAAGGGGAAUAAAACAAGAUUGCUGUAUUAAAAAUACGCUUAAGCGUUAGGUGACUGCUUCCUUCGACAUCCAGUGCUUCUCUGGUAUUCCUGCUAUAAGGGUGAUGUCAAUCGCCUUUUUCGCCCGCCUGGCAAGGUACAGCGGGCCCCAUGCUGGACGGAGCGGCCUUCCCCAAAUGGCCCUGGCGCCCCUCCCGCUGAAGCAGGACAUCAACUUUCACUCCACCAUCCAAAAGAGGCAGAUCCACACCCCUUCGGAAAAGCGCCGCAGCGGCACGCGCUUUGACGCCGACAGCAGCGGCCGCCCCACCACCUGGGACACGUUCGGCAUUUGGGACAAUCGCAUCGACGAGCCCAUCUUGCUGCCGUCCAGCAUCCGCUACGGCAAGCCCAUUCCAAAGGUCAGCCUGUCCAAAGUAGGCUGCGCCUCGCUCAUCGGCCAGCGCAAGGAGAACGAGGACCGCUUCCAGCUCUCCCAAAUGUCCGACAGCAUCAUCUAUUUUGCCGUCUUUGAUGGCCACGGCGGGCCGGAAGCGGCGGACUUCUGUCACAAAUACAUGGAGACUUUUAUCAAGGAUUUUGUGGCGGACGAGGACAAUCUGGAGCUGGUUUUAACGCGAGCCUUCCUGGAAGUAGACAAAGCUUUGGCCAAGCAUUUGCAGCACUCCUCAGAUGCGCCCGGGGCGAAUCCGGGGACCACCGCCACGGUGGCGCUGCUGAGGGACGGCAUUGAGCUGGUGGUGGCCAGCGUGGGCGACAGCCGCGCCAUGCUGUGCCGCAAGGGCAAGGCGCUCAAGCUCACCGUCGACCACACGCCUGAGAGGAAGGACGAAAAAGAGAGGAUCAAGAGGAGCGGCGGCUUCAUCACCUGGAACAGUUUGGGCCAGUCCAACGUCAACGGCAGGCUGGCCAUGACGCGGAGCAUCGGCGACUUUGACUUGAAGGGGAUGGGGGUCAUUGCCGAGCCGGAGACCAAGAGGAUUGUGCUGAGCCCCGCGCACGAUUCCUUCCUGGCGCUGACCACCGACGGCAUCAACUUCAUCAUGAACAGCCAGGAAAUCUGCAACGUCAUCAACCAGUGUCACGACCCUAAAGAGGCGGCACAGCGCAUCUCUGAGCAGGCUCUGCAGUACGGCUCGGAGGACAACAGCACCAUCGUGGUGGUGCCCUUCGGCGCCUGGGGCAAGCACACCAACUCAGACACGAGCUUCUCCUUCAGCCGAAGCUUCGUGUCGAGCGGGCGCUGGGCGUAGUGAUGGCGGGGUGGGGAAAGGGGGCGCGCUUUGCGGACCCUCCCAGCAAGUGCAAUAGUCGACAACGCUUCUUUGUUCGGGAAAAAAAAAAAAUCUGAUGUGUGAGACAACUGCUGUGUGAGCUCCAUUCAACAAAAUGGCACUGAAAGUCUCAGAAUUGAACAUUUGAAAGAUUUUCUUUAAAGUUGUUGUGACUGAGCAGACAAAUAGUAACAAACUGUUAAUGAUUCUUUCUUUUCUUUCUUCAUAAAAUUUAGAGUUCGCCACUGGACAGCAAGGAUGUUUUUGUUUUCGUCCUGGCUGCUCAGUAAAAUCCAAAAUUACAAUCAAAUACAUUAUUUAUUGCAUCUAUAAGUACAGUUAUAUGCAUAAAUUUGUGUUUUUGUUUAGCACAGCGAGUAGUAGUACUUAUCAGAAUGUUGCGAGAAGACAUGAGAAAAAAAGCUAUAUUUUAUGGGAAAUAAAGUUGGAAGCUUGAAGAAAGAGGUUGGGAUUUUACAGAAAAUGUCAUAUCACAAAAAAGUUGUUUUUAUGAGAGAAAGUAACAUUUUUGAGGAACCUUUUUCAUUUUAUGACCAAAAGUCCUUAUAUCACAAAUACUGAGGAAAAAAAUAUCAACAUUUGUAAUUUUGUCAGGAAUAAAUUGUAAUAUUAAUAGAAAAAAGUUAGAGAGAGAAAAUAAAAUCUACCCACCAAAGUCAACUACACAUAGUCAAGAAAAUUAAGGGUGAGUGUAUAUUUUUUUUUAAAACUUGUAUAAAUUGUCCAGACAGCUUCAAAAUAAUUGUUUUUAGGAUAACUUGACCCUGCAAUGGAUUGUUGUAAGUGGGAGGCGUUGCGUUGCGGGCCACGUGAUGGGGUCGGAUCUUACAGGUUCUUCUGUUGCUCUUGGCAACAUUUACUUUUGCACUUGCAGAAAAAUCAACUUGGAUAAGUUUCAUUUUGAAAUGAGUCAACGUAGUCCGUUUUUCAGACUGUUAAUACAAGACGAUGUGUCGUUAAAUACACACUUAGCAGCUCUGCUGUACAUAACUGUUGAAACUUAUGGAACUAAAGCAAGGGUGGGCAACCUUUUUUUUUUUCUCUCUCUCAGGGGUUGUGUACAUUUUUAACUAAUCGGCUCAGUGUAUGGAUUCUUGGCCGCUCAAACUCGCAUUCAGUUUUAAUAAUACCAAUCUGAAUGCUGCAAAAAGAAUGCUGAUUUCUUAUUCGGUCAUGGAUUAAAAUAUUUUAGGAGAGCACGGCCGGCUAGCUAGCUAGCUUCCAAGCGUACAAACGAAUCUAUUGGCUAACUUGUAUAUGGUCGUGAGCACUGUACGUGGCCGAGAUUGUCCCCCUUCCCCCCCCCCUUGCACUUCUUAAAGUAUCGUUACCAAAAAUGACUUGUAAAGAAACAGUCUAGCGGGUCGGAGAUGUGAAUGAACAGCAUAUUCUUUGCCAGAAUGUUCUUCGGGUCCCCCCCUACGAGUGAAGCUGACAUUUAUGAACAAUUAUUUUCUGUAAUCAAAAUCAAAUUUUACACCGAGAUGAAUGAGGGUGGCACUGAGAUGAAUCCAGACAGGUUAUGUUGUGGAAAUAGCAGCUAUUUAUGCAAAACCAUUUAAAUGUGUGCAUAACUAACCUCCGGUUGUAAUUUAUCAGCGUCUGUCAAUCCAUGUUUGUAAAUAUUUGUUGCCCAUACAUCUGUGAAUUGUUUCUCUUCGUCGCCUUUUUAUGUAAUCGUUGUUACAUGUGGAAUGUAUACUUGGGACGUACUGUACAGAGUGGACAUGUUUUGUGUUACACAUCAAUGAUUUGUAACUUCCAUUAAAUCUGUGCUUCUGGAUAUGCUUCAA